UCCGACUUUCUUGUUUGGCCCAGGAACAUAACAUGGCCUCUGUUCGCACCGAAACUAUCGCUUCUAGUAAUGGAAAAUCCACUGGUCCAGCAAAACUAAACAAAGAUCCCACUAUAGCGCAGAUCUUUGAGAGUUUAGAGUACGGCCCAGCACCUGAGGCAGCUAGUAGCGUGGACUCGUGGCUUGAAGAACAUGGAAGGGACUUCGGACAUUUCGUAAACGGGAAAUGGGUGAAACCCGAGGGGAGGAAAGUUUACGAGACAAGAAAUCCCUCCACAGGAGAGAAACUGGCCUCCACAAUGCAAGGAGAACAAGAGGACAUAGACCAAGCAGUAGGAGCAGCAAGAGAGGCUUUUAAAUCCUGGAGUAAGCUUCCUGGUCAUGUACGAGCUCGUUAUUUGUACAGUAUAGCACGUCAUGUUCAAAAGCAUGCUCGCUUGCUGGCUGUACUUGAAAGUAUGGACAAUGGUAAACCAAUCAGGGAGACACGAGAUGCUGAUGUACAGAUUGUUGCAAGACACCUUUAUCAUCAUGCUGGCUGGGCUCAACUGAUGGAUUCAGAAAUGAGAGAUUGGAAACCUGUAGGUGUGGUUGCUGCCAUAGUACCUUGGAAUUUCCCUCUUAUGCUACUCUGUUGGAAAGUUUGCCCAGCCCUUGCAAUGGGUAACACCGUAGUGCUCAAACCAGCAACUUACACCAGGCUAUCAGCUCUUCUGUUCGCUGAGAUUUGUGCUGAGGCAGGGCUUCCUCCUGGUGUAUUUAAUGUUGUUACUGGAAAUGGUGCAUUUGGAAGUUUACUUGCUGCACACCUGGAUGUUGACAAGGUGGCUUUUACUGGUUCUACAGAGGUUGGCAAAGUUCUUCGAAGACUAACAGCAGGAUCUGGUAAGAAACUGUCAUUAGAGCUUGGUGGUAAAUCCCCUGUGGUUGUGUUUGACUCGGCUGAUUUGGACAGCACAGUUGAGGGUAUUGUAGAUGCCAUUUGGUUUAACCAAGGCCAGGUUUGCAGUGCUGGUUCCCGCUUAAUUGUCCAAGAGACCUGUGCCAAGCAGUUGGUAGAUAAGAUCAAAGAACGCAUGACGCAUCUUCGACUUGGACACUGCCUAGAUAAAGUGAUUGACAUGGGAGCAAUAGUUGAUCCCUCACAGAAAAAGGCCAUUGAAGCUUUUGUCGAAGAAGCAAGGAAGGAAGGGGCUGAAGUGUAUCAAAGCUGUGCAUGCAUGCCAUCAAAUGGGUCUUACUAUCCGCCAACUCUCAUAACUAAUGUACAACCAGUGUCCAAGAUUGUGAUGGAAGAGGUAUUUGGCCCGGUGUUGACAGUCCUCACGUUCAGAACUGCCAAGGAAGGAAUAGCUUUGGCUAAUAACACCAACUAUGGGCUCGGAGGAAGUGUCUGGACAGAAAAUUUGUCACUAGCCCUGGAGGUUGCCAUGAGCAUCAAGGCUGGCUCUGUAUGGGUCAAUGGACAUAACCUUUUUGAUGCUGCAGCUGGUUUUGGUGGAUACCGUGAGAGUGGAUUUGGUCGUGAUGGUGGAAAAGAGGGUUUGUAUGAGUAUGUUUACCCAUCAUGGCAAGCCAGACCUAGGCCCAGUGUGGAUGAUUAUGAUGUGAAAUCCUUUGGCUCCUCAGUUCCAGCCAAAGUAUUGAAUCCAAAUUCAAAUCCUAUAAAACUCCCAGAUGCAUCAUCUGGAAAAGCAGGGAUUGCUCCACUACCAAGUAUUGAUCACACUUACAAAGUAUACAUUGGAGGAGCUCAAAAAAGGCCUGACGGAAACUACUCUCGACCAGUAUUGGACCCUAAUGGACAGGUUUUAGGACAGGUUGGUGAGGGGAACAGAAAAGACAUCAGAGAUGCUGUGGAAGCUGCCCAUAAAGCAGCUCCAGGUUGGGGGAAAAGAGCUGCCCAUAACAGAGCACAAAUCGUUUACUACAUGGCAGAGAACUUAGAGCUACGGCACAGUGAACUUAGCCAGAGACUCUGUGACAUGACUGGAUGUUCUGUGGAAGAAGCUAAGAAAGAAGUGGACAUCACAAUUCAGCGCUUGUUUUACUGGGGUGCUUAUGCUGACAAAUAUGGGGGUGCUGUGCAGGAAACUCCAUUUUAUGGUGCUACAGUAAAAAUUCACGAGCCAGUAGGAGUCAUUGGUAUCACGUGUCCCGAGUCCUGUCCUUUACUGGCUUUUGUGUCGUUAUUGGCUCCCGCUGUCAUCAGAGGAAACACCGUGGUGAUUAUACCAAGUCAGAAACACCCAAUGAUAGCAGUGGACAUGUAUCAGAUCUUUGAUACAUCAGAUUUACCUGGCGGCGUGAUAAAUAUAGUUACAGGUGAUGGAGAUCAUCUUACCAAAUACUUGUCUGAACACCAAGACGUGCAAGCUAUAUGGUACUUCGGCUCGGCAGAAGGGAGCAAAUUCGUGGAGUGGUCCUCUGCAGUGAACGUAAAACGUACCUUUGUGAACUAUGGCGAGAGCCGUGACUGGUUCGAAAACGCUCAAGGGCAGGGAGAGGAGUUUUUGUUUCAUUCUACAGAGUGUAAAAACGUCUGGCUACCCAUGGGAGACAUUUUUGCCAAUUAAAAUGGACUUUUGCACGAAGUAUGUCUACAGCCGUGAGGAAUUUCCUCUUGAAUAAACUGAGGGAUUGAGAAAAGCUAAAAACUAGAAUACAGCCGAUUAUUUCCUGCCGGGGGAAAAUUUUCAUUUGUUGUGAGAUAGAAAGAUUCGUUUUUGUUCGUUACAGAAAUUUAAAGUCUCUCCGAUAUAUAUGUAGCUCUUUCAGUAUUAAUAUAUUUUUGAUCUACUGAUUAAUAAUGCAAUGAAGGUUUAAUAUGUUGGAGAAAAGAAAUAUAAAUGUGAAACACCAUUAACAUUAAUUAUAACAUACGUGUGGUUCAUUUUCGAGUUAAAAAAAAUGCUUGGUAUGUGGAUGGCCAACAGUAAAAGAAUUCAGAUGUACUUAUAUGCUUACUAAGAAUAAGCAAUUUUCUUUUAUUUUACUUUGAGAUUCAUCCCAGGUACUCGAGGUUUAUUGAAUAAAGUCAGUUAUUUCUCUCUU